ACAUAUAAAAUUAUAAACCACAAAAUCAAGGAUUUCAAGGAAUUAUAGGGGAAAAAAAAGGAGCAUAUGGAUUCUGAAUCUGAAGUUUUAUUGGCUCACAUUUUCCUUUAUCAUAGAUGUUACAAGUUCUCAAUUCUCAUGUUUCUCUUUUAUAGCAUUUUGUGGAUGACAUGUGGCAGCGAAGGAUGGCCCACAUAAACACACUUUAAUCAGAUUGUAUUCAAUGGGUGCCAUGAAAACAGAUCGUAUGGAUCAGCUUUGCACCUUUCUUAUCCACCAGAAAUCUCUACAUCCUAAACCAGGAGAGAACUCAGAAAACCAGUCUCGAAGCAGAGGAGAAGAUACAAACACAGAGAUGUUACAGAACCAUAAGGUCUUGAAGCAAUCCCCCUUUCAAUUUCUUAAUACUCCCAAACCAUCAGCAUCCCCUCUACAAGUCCAUAUAUCCAAUCCUCCAUCUUUUCAUAACUUAAAACAACGAUGUAAAGUAUCUCGAAGAGAGCUUACCAUUUCCAGUAACUCAACAUUGUUUCUUCUCUUGGCUUCCCAGAGCAUAGACUUCUCCAAUGCACAAGCAGAAGAGAGUGAGGAGGUACUGAAUACCAGUCAAAAUGAUAAACAAGAAGAGACAAUGACUACUACAACAGAAGAGAGUGAGGUUGUACAGAAUACCAGUCAAAAUGAUAAACAAGAAGAAGAGACGAUGACUACUAGUACUCCAACCUGCAGCAAUAAAGAAGUUACCAAGCAAGCAUUUCUUGACAUAUCGAUUGAUAGAGAGCCUGCUGGUCGCAUUACAAUUGGAUUGUAUGGACACGAUAUACCUGUUGGGGCUGCUAGGUUUAGUAGUCUUGUUAGCGGACCUGCUGGAAUUAGCUACAGAAGAAAAGAGUUUAUCAAGAUAAUGCCAAAUUAUGUGCAACAUACUGGGGUUAGAUCAUAUGGUGUUGAUGCAGAGCUUGCAUAUAGAUCUGGAAGCGACUUUGCGAGCGGAAGUCUUGUGCAGGAAUGGGAGAAAGAGAAUGAGAAGUGUCCAGGGACUAAGAACUUGGCAGGCACCGUGAGCAUUAUUGUGAGAGACCCUUCAAAGCCACCUCCAAAGUUGAAGCUAAUUGCAAAGAAUGGGAAGCUGGAGAUUGAUCAAGAGGAGAUCAGAGCAGACCCCAACGGAACAGAGUUUAUAAUAGCAAUCAAUGAUUCACCGGAGCUUGAUUCAUCGACUCUGGUGGUCGGAAGAGUUUUGGGAGGCAUGGAGGUUGUAGAGAAGAUUAGACAAGUGAAGACAGUCCAGGAGAAUACUAGCUCUCCUUAUUUCAGGGCAGCGAAGCUAAUAGGAGAUAAACGCGCUGUUGUGGCCGAGAGAGGAUUCAACCGCCCUUACUCAAAGGUGGUUGUCACAAAUUGUGGCUUGACAGGAUAACAUCAAACACCUGUGGCAAAUGGAAAUCGUUUUUUCUGUUCUUCGAUUUUUGGGUAUGCUGUGACAAAUUUUAUAUGCUGACAAUUCUAUCUAUAUUCCUCACAAAAACUCAUCAAAGUAUGUUACACAGUAAGUAGGCUGAUGAAUGGAAUUGGGAAAAUGUUACAGCUGAACACUUGAGAGGCCUUUUGCUGUAUUAGUAGGAAAUUCUAGUUCUAGA